CAUCAAGUGGACAGUCCUGGUGUUUCAAAGCCACUGUCGCAGCUCUUCUGGAAACGGGUCACUGUUCAAAAAACAGCAGCUUACCUCAGACAGAUAUCAUUUGGCGUCGAAGCGUGCCUUUAUGCAGGAAGGUCUUUUCUACAGUGCCACUAAACAGGAGUCCCUCCCUAUCAACUGUAAACGAACCGGAUAGGAAAUGACUUGGACAGAAUGUGUGAAUUAAGUUCAAGGAGGUCAUUGUAGUAAUAGUAAUCCCGAAGCUUCGACAGUUCAUCGACCGGGCUCGUAUCCGCAAUAUCAGGAUCACUUACCGAGACAUUGUUCUCAUAGACAGCACAUUUUAUUUGCACUAGAAGCACCUAAAAAAAGAAAGAAAAAAAGGAGCAACGGGAAAGAUUAUGAUCACCGAGUGGCCAUCUUCCUGGGGAGAAGACGAAGAAGAAGAAGUGGCCGCGUUCAUGUGAAUUGCGGUUCGCGAGAUACUGUCACAAAAUCUGAACGCCACGGAGGACGGCGCCUCGGACUGAUCUAUACGAGGGAUGAGAAACUUCACCCUUCGGGACACGUGCUUUCUGUUCUCAGGAAGAUUUUUUUUCCUAAAAUCCCGCUGUCCAAGGUUCCUUUGAGGAUAUCUCUAAAACAAUCCGAUGAUGAUGAUGAUGAUGAUGGUUGGAGUGUUUUAUCGCAACAGGCGAUGCCCCAUCCCGUUGAGUUAAGGCGGUACUUGGGCAAGUAAGAGACUGUCAGAGAGAUUUUUGAGGCCCUUCGUUGUCCAGGAAAAGAAGGACUCGUGCGUCAGUGUCCCCCUUCCAUAAACUUGCUUCCAAAAGAGGUGGGUUAUCUCCAGUCCAGAAUAGUUGGCCACGCUGCUCGCCAGUGAUCUCCUGCUCGUCGGUGUCUCGUCCGAUGUCAUCUUUUCCCUCCGUUCCUCCUGAGCGAAGCGAUUUUGCAGUAUAGUGAGAGGACGAGACUUUAUCCUUGUGUGGUCCUGAAAGGUUCGUAGUACGGGCAGUGAAGGAGUACAAGUGUUCCAGAUCUUCCAAGUCACAACAGUGACGGCAACUUGCAGAGUCUAUACGUGUCGUAUAACGGAUAACACCACGGUGUAGCAAAAGCGACAUUUCCUCGCAUCCGAUCAAUUAAUGCACCGUCCUGACGAGAGAUAUUUCGUGGGAUCUGCAAAGCGAGCUUUCCAUCAACUCUUGUAAGCGUAGAUGUGAAAGGAAAGUUGAAUGCCUAUAGAGGCGGGAAGCCAGGAGGAAGCCACUUCUAAUACUUAUAGCCCAGAAAUUUCGAUAUAUGACUAGUUUCGGUUUCGAGGUAAGCGGCUGUAUAUAGGUACCUCUUCUAUAGACAUCUCGCGUGGCUAGUUCUGGAUCUGGAAUUGUAGCUCGAGGCUGUGGUUAUUCUAAGUUAUUAACUAUAUCUCUGAAGGUGUUUUCUAUGUCAAUGUUAGGAUCUGCCGCGGCCAUAUUGCCGCGGCUAUCCCCAUGAGCAUCACUAUCACUGUCAUGUCGAAUGGGAUCCUGACUCAGCUGCAAGAGGCCCGGCGGCAAGUGCGACGUGCCAUCAGAGCCGAAGUUGUGGACGAGAACUUUCGCAAGGCCCUGGGACUUUACGUGCUCGCCAACAGAACUCACUUGGACAUUCUGCGCAAGAUCCGGGCCUUCUGUGCCGAGUACACAGCGAAGCUACGAGAUUUGAGAGCAUACGUGAUAAAUGUGGAUGACAAUGCAGACGACGAUUUGGACGACGGGCGACCCGUCUGCCACUUGGACGGUGUGGUCAUUCUCGGCAACACUCGAAGCAAGUGUCCAGACGUAGGCAUCGCGUUGCUCAUCCCCAAAAUUACCAGCUUAGCCUCUCUCGACCCCUUGGACAGACGUAAGGCGAAGAACAUACGAAAAAUUCUACUCUACGGUCCUUCGGCCACGGGGAAGACUUGUCUCCCGCUCUCUUUGGCUGACAGCUUUGUAAAUUCUACCGUCUUCUAUGUCGUGACGCCGUUGCUGCUGGCCAGAUGCCGUCAAAGAGGGGACACGACGCUCGUAAAGGCUGUCUUCGACAGCGCCCAGAAGCACGGGCGCAGCGUCAUCUGUUUCGACGACCUGGACGCUCUGUGCUCGUCCCCGAAAUCCCCGAGAGAUGAAGAGAGGCUGAGGACGCUCAAGGCAGCAUGGCUGUCCCACAUGGCCAUCGUCACAGGAACCAACGUCCUCGUCCUCGGAGUCGUGAACAACCCUUGGCUCCUGGACGAUGAUAUUGUAGCCAAGCAGACGGAGGGGCUGAGCGGAACCCACCUGUCCCUCGUGGUCAACGACGCCGUCAGGUGCUGCAAGAAGGAACCCGUUACCCUGAGUGCUCUCUUGGCCUCCCUCGGCAAAUUAGAGUUGCGAGACUGCAUCAGCCGAAGCGGUGUUUCCAGGACCGACCCCCUGGACGACGUCACAUCUCGACAGUCGCUUGGAGGGCCGCAAUAGUUUCGAAACCCAGUCUUUACCAGGAGCCGCAACUUGGAACUCCGACUGUCCUAUGGGAUGAACGAGUUUCUUGUAGCAAUCAGCGACCACACUAGAUGCUUUAUACAGUACUGAUGUUUUGUUCAGAUACGUACCUCUUUAUGAGAAACGGAUAUAGGAAUACGCGGAGAUUCCGGCCAGUAAAGUGCAGCUUGGACAAUACACCUCGAUAAUUUGAAGAAAUUUCCCCCGCUAAAUGUAUGGUAAUGUUUAACCUUCGUCGCUAUGAUGUUGAAUGAGCUGUUUUUAUUAAUAUAUUACUAUACAUGUGUACAUUGUACGUACGUACGUAUGUAUAUAGGUAUGUAUGUACGUACGUGUGCAUAUGUAUGUAUGCAUUGGUA